UCAGCUGGCAAGCAGGAUUUGGUGUCUCUGGGUUCAGGAAUCCUCAGGCAGCAGAGCGGACUUUCUCUUCAGCCCCCAUCACUGCCCCCACCCCUACCCUGAAAGGCUAUUGACUGAGGCCCAUGGACUGGGAAAGGCCGUGCCUGACGGCUCCUGUGUCUGUCCAUGAGGGCCCAGCGCCCUGACCCCCCUUGCCUAGGUUUCUGCCUUUUCUCUCGGUCUUUGGCCAGCUGGGGGAGGGGGUAGAGGCCGGGUGAGCAACAUGGCCCAGAGCAAGAGGCACGUGUACAGCCGGACACCCAGUGGGAGCAGGAUGAGUGCAGAGGCAAGUGCCCGGCCUCUGCGAGUGGGCUCCCGUGUGGAGGUGAUUGGAAAAGGCCACCGAGGCACUGUGGCCUAUGUUGGAGCCACUCUCUUUGCCACUGGCAAAUGGGUAGGUGUGAUCCUGGAUGAAGCAAAGGGCAAGAAUGAUGGAACUGUCCAAGGCAGGAAGUACUUCACUUGUGAUGAAGGGCAUGGCAUCUUUGUGCGCCAAUCCCAGAUCCAGGUAUUUGAAGAUGGUGCAGAUACUACUUCUCCAGAGACACCUGAUUCUUCUGUGUCAAAGGUCCUCAAACGAGAGGGAACUGAUUCAGCUGCAAAGACUAGCAAACUGAGUUCCUUUGAUGGAUGCAAGGACAUCAGGCUCAGUGUCCAGACCCAGACCACAACUCGGCGGCCCAAGCCCACCCGCCCAGCCAGUACCGGGGUCUCUGGGGCCAGUAGUUCCCUGGGCCCCUCCGGCUCAGCAUCAGCAGGUGAGCUGAGCAGCAGUGAGCCCAGCACCCCGGCUCAGACUCCACUGGCAGCACCCAUCAUCCCCACACCGGCCCUCACCUCUCCUGGAGCAGCCCCCCCACUUCCUUCCCCCUCCAAGGAAGAGGAGGGACUGAGGGCCCAGGUGCGGGACCUGGAGGAGAAACUGGAGACCCUGCGGCUGAAACGGGCAGAAGACAAGGCAAAGCUAAAAGAACUGGAGAAACACAAGAUCCAGCUGGAACAAGUGCAGGAAUGGAAGAGCAAAAUGCAGGAGCAGCAGGCAGAUCUACAGCGGCGCCUCAAAGAAGCACGGAAGGAAGCCAAAGAGGCACUGGAGGCAAAGGAACGCUACAUGGAGGAGAUGGCGGACACUGCUGAUGCCAUUGAGAUGGCCACUCUUGACAAGGAGAUGGCUGAAGAGCGGGCUGAGUCUCUGCAGCAGGAGGUGGAGGCAUUGAAGGAGCGUGUGGAUGAGCUCACCACUGACUUAGAGAUCCUCAAGGCUGAGAUUGAAGAGAAGGGCUCAGAUGGGGCUGCGUCCAGUUAUCAGCUCAAGCAGCUUGAGGAGCAGAAUGCCCGCCUAAAGGAUGCCCUGGUGAGGAUGCGGGAUCUUUCUUCUUCGGAGAAGCAGGAGCAUGUGAAGCUCCAGAAGCUCAUGGAAAAGAAGAACCAAGAGCUGGAAGUCGUGAGGCAACAACGGGAGCGUCUGCAGGAGGAGCUGACCCAGGCAGAGGGCACCAUUGAUGAGCUCAAGGAGCAGGUGGAUGCUGCUCUGGGUGCCGAGGAGAUGGUGGAGAUGCUGACAGACCGGAAUCUGAAUCUGGAAGAGAAAGUGCGGGAGUUGAGGGAGACUGUUGGGGAUUUGGAAGCAAUGAAUGAGAUGAACGAUGAGCUUCAGGAGAAUGCACGUGAGACAGAACUGGAGCUGCGGGAGCAGCUGGACAUGGCGGGUGCCCGGGUGCGUGAAGCCCAGAAGCGUGUGGAGGCAGCACAGGAGACAGUUGCAGACUACCAGCAAACCAUCAAGAAGUACCGCCAGUUGACUGCCCAUCUACAGGAUGUGAAUCGUGAACUGACAAACCAGCAGGAAGCAUCUGUGGAGAGGCAGCAACAGCCGCCUCCAGAGACUUUUGACUUCAAAAUCAAGUUUGCUGAGACUAAGGCCCAUGCCAAGGCAAUUGAGAUGGAAUUGAGGCAGAUGGAGGUGGCCCAGGCCAACCGACACAUGUCACUGCUGACAGCCUUCAUGCCUGACAGCUUCCUUCGGCCAGGUGGGGACCAUGACUGUGUCCUGGUGCUGCUGCUCAUGCCUCGUCUCAUUUGCAAGGCAGAGCUCAUCAGGAAGCAGGCCCAGGAGAAGUUUGAACUAAGCGAGAACUGCUCAGAGCGGCCUGGGCUGCGAGGAGCUGCAGGGGAGCAGCUCAGCUUUGCUGCUGGGCUGGUGUACUCGCUGAGUCUGCUGCAGGCUACACUACACCGCUAUGAGCAUGCCCUCUCUCAGUGCAAUGUGGAUGUGUAUAAGAAGGUGGGCAGCCUCUAUCCUGAGAUGAGUGCCCAUGAGCGCUCCUUGGAUUUCCUCAUCGAGCUGCUGCACAAGGAUCAGCUAGAUGAGACUGUCAAUGUGGAGCCUCUCACCAAGGCCAUCAAGUACUACCAGCAUCUGUACAGCAUCCACCUUGCUGAUCAGCCUGAGGACUGUACCAUGCAGCUGGCUGACCACAUUAAGUUCACCCAGAGUGCCCUGGACUGCAUGAGUGUGGAGGUGGCACGGCUGCGUGCCUUCUUGCAGGGCGGGCAGGAGGCUUCAGAUAUUGCCCUCCUGCUCCGAGACCUGGAAACGUCAUGCAGUGACAUCCACCAAUUCUGCAAGAAGAUCCGAAGGCGAAUGCCAGGAACAGAUGCUCCUGGGAUCCCAGCUGCACUGGCCUUUGGACUACAGGUAUCCGACACACUCUUAGACUGUAGGAAACACUUAACGUGGGUGGUGGCUGUGCUGCAGGAGGUAGCAGCAGCUGCUGCCCAGCUCAUUGCCCCACUGGCAGAGAAUGAAGGGCUCCCUGUGGCUGCCCUGGAGGAGCUGGCUUUCAAAGCAAGUGAGCAGAUCUAUGGGACCCCCUCCAGUAGCCCCUAUGAGUGUCUGCGCCAGUCGUGCAACAUCCUCAUCAGCACCAUGAACAAGCUGGCCACAGCCAUGCAGGAGGGGGAGUAUGAUGCAGAACGGCCCCCCAGCAAGCCUCCCCCAGUUGAGCUGCGGGCUGCAGCCCUUCGUGCAGAGAUCACAGAUGCUGAAGGCCUGGGUUUGAAGCUUGAAGAUCGAGAGACAGUCAUCAAGGAGUUGAAGAAGUCACUCAAGAUUAAGGGGGAGGAGCUGAGUGAGGCCAAUGUGCGGCUGAGCCUCCUGGAGAAGAAGCUGGACAGUGCUGCCAAGGAUGCGGAUGAACGCAUUGAGAAAGUCCAGACUCGGCUGGAGGAGACCCAGACGCUGUUGCGGAAGAAAGAGAAAGAUUUUGAGGAAACGAUGGAUGCACUCCAGGCUGACAUUGACCAGCUGGAGGCAGAGAAGGUAGAGCUAAAGCAGCGGCUGAACAGCCAGACCAAGCGCACGAUUGAGGGGCUCAGGGGGCCACCUCCCUCAGGCAUUGCUACCCUGGUCUCUGGCAUUGCUGGUGGGGGCACCCCUGGGCAGGCUCCAGGAUCCAUGCCAGGCCUGGGGCUGGUGAAGGACUCACCACUGCUGCUUCAGCAGAUCUCUGCCAUGAGACUGCACAUCUCCCAGCUCCAGCAUGAGAACAGCAUUCUCAAGGGAGCCCAGAUGAAGGCAGCCUUGGCAGCCCUGCCCCCUUUGCAUGUUGCAAAGCUAUCCCUCUCACCCCCUGAGGGCCCUGGUGGUGAGCUAGCAGCUGGAGCACUAUAUCGUAAGACCAGCCAGCUGCUAGAGACAUUAAAUCGGCUGAGCACACAUACCCACAUAGUAGACAUCACUCGCACCAGUCCUGCUGCCAAGAGUCCAUCGGCCCAGCUUAUGGAGCAAGUGGCUCAGCUCAAGUCCCUGAGUGACACCAUUGAGAAGCUCAAGGAUGAAGUCCUCAAGGAGACAGUAUCUCAGCGCUCUGGAGCCACAGUCUGCACUGACUUUGCCACUUUCCCUUCAUCAGCCUUCCUCAGGGCCAAGGAAGAGCAGCAGGACGACACGGUCUACAUGGGCAAAGUGACCUUCUCAUGUGCAGCUGGCCUUGGACAGCGACACCGGCUGGUGCUGACCCAGGAGCAGCUGCACCAGCUUCACAGUCGCCUCAUCUCCUAAGCACUCCUUCCCUCACUGCCCCCUCUGGCCCUCAGCCUUUCUUGUGCUGCUCUGUUCAAUGCACAGCCACCUCAACCAGCCCCUAGGUAGAACCAUGUGGGUUAAGCUAUUCCAGCCCCAUUCAGCUUCAUUCCCAUUCUGUUAGUGCUCUGCCCCUGUCCCUUGACCUGGUUCCCCCAUUCCCAUUCCCUGGCCUCUGCCAUAAUUUGCUGUUCAGCUGCUCCCUCCUUCCUGGGGGGCCUCAGGGCAUGUGGGGGGUAGGCUGAGACCCCACCACCAAAGGUUGAGUGAGGUUCCCCUGAUUGAGGACUUCACCCCUUGAUUAAAGCAACUUCUGCUUCA